AUGCCAUCUUACGCCGAAGGUCUUGAGCCCCGCAUUCGCAAGAUCCUCAGCGACAGUGACUUGUCAACAAUCUCUGCCAGAGGCGUUCGCAAGCAACUAGUUACUGCUGGAGAAGACGAGGAUGCUGUAAAGGAGAACAGGGCUGACAUUGAUGAGAUUAUCGGAGCGAUCUAUGAGGAGCUGUGUGAGGCUCAGGAUGAGAAAGUUAAGACCCAGUCCGAGUCACCACCUGCAUCAUCGCAGCCGCUUGCCAGCGGGGCUAAGGCUGAGGACAAUGACGCCGAGCUCGCCGCGCGUAUGCAGGCCGAGUACGACGCUGCUGUUCGUGGUGGCCGGGGCGCACGGAGGAGUACAGCUCCCCAACCCAAGAAGAAGAAGACCACCAAGAAACGCAAGGUGGAUUCGGAUGACGAUGAGCCGAAGAAGAAGCGUGCAGGCGGUGGAGGCGGCGCGUUCAACAAGCCCAUGAUCUUGAGUCAUGAGCUCGCAGCGUUUACGGGUGAGGAGCAACUGUCGCGUCCGCAGACGGUCAAGGCGCUGUGGGCGCAUAUCAAGGCGAACGAUCUGCAAGACCCGGCAGACAAGCGCUUCAUCCUCUGUGACGCUCAAAUGAAGUCGCUAUUUAAGACUGAUCGCCUACACAUGUUCACAAUGAACAAACUGCUCGGCAGUCAUCUGUACAACCCCGACGACGUCGCCGGCAAGGCUGAGAAGGUAGAGGCGUAG